ACUGUCAUUGGUGCAAUUUGUGAUCGAUUUGUUUUCAUUCAUUUUUUCACAACUAAAUCAUAAAACUAAUUUAUAAUUUUUGAAAAUAUUUUAAAACCUGUUGUUCGUAAAAGCCAACAUUUUAAUUGAUAAAAAAUGCCAGCCUAUCAUUCGCAAAUUCCCAAAGUGGACGAUCAUUUGUCCAGUUUCGCUUUACUGCCAAUUCGUACACAGACUCGGGGCCCAGCACCAAUUAUCAAUGGUGAAGAUAUCAUCGAUGAAACGAUCUACUAUUUUAAAGCGAACAUUUUUUUCCGCACUUAUGAAAUCAAGAGUGGAAUCGAUCGUGUGAUGAUUUACAUUACGUUGUACAUUACGGAAUGUUUGAAAAAGCUUCAAAAAUGCGCCAACAAGAGCCAGGCUCAACAGGAACUGUAUUCGUUAGCUAUCAGUCGCUUUGAUAUUCCAGGAGACGCAGGAUUCCCACUUAAUUCGGUUUAUCCAAAACCGUCUUCAGCAAACGAGGCUGACUUGUUGCGUCAAUAUUUGACACAAAUCCGACAAGAGACUGGAAACCGGUUGAUUGAAAAAGUGUUCAACACGCCCGAUGGCAAGCCGAGUAAAUGGUGGACCUGUUUCGCCAAGAAGAGAUUCAUGGAACACUCAUUGGGUGGAUUUGGUCAAUAAAUGCAAAUAAUCUGCUGCAUAAUGAAUAUAUGAUAAAAUGAUUAUGUCAAAGAAAUAAAAAACCUCACAAAUUUUAGCAUUUAAGACGUUUAAUAAGAAAAUCAUCAAUAAAAUUCGAAAUUCAUAACUAA